AUGCCGGGCCUGAUGAACAAGAGCAAGCGGAGCGCUCUGCCUCUCAGCAUCUCUGACAUCACUUCCUGUGUCAGGGGUUACACUCUGGCAUUGACAGCGUCAUUGACCUAUGAAAACAUCGAAGAUCACCCUAUCGAGGGAAUCUUCAUAUAUCCUCUGGAUGAGUGCAGCGUGGUGGUCGGGUUCGAGGCGAUGAUUGGCAGCCAAAUAAUAACCGUGCAGGUUAAAGACAAAACGAAAAUCGAUGACUGUUACUUUGAUUGCUGUGAUGCCAACGGAACCCCGCAGAGCGUAGGUGGGCAUGUCGUUUUGGAUGAGGAUCAGGAGAGGACGGUGCUGGUGGUCAGUCUGGGGGUCAUUCCUCCUCUGGAGACCAUUAGUAUAUUGGUCAGCACUUCCUCGGAGCUAAGGACACUCCCGAACGGUGGCAUUCGGGUCGUUUCACCUCCCGUCUGCUCUCCAAGAGUACAACGGUCUGUCAAAGAGGAGCAGGCCUUUUCGCCCAGCACUGCUAGGAGGAGGGAUCAGCAUCAUUGUUCUCACGAGCAGACGGUCUCAGGUGUGUGUUUGGCUGCUCUGCUGGAAGAAGAGACCAUCAACUCCAUUGACUAUGAGUUCAACUUUCAUCUUGAGAUCAGAGGACCGUAUUUACUCGCAGGUGUGGAAAGCCCAUCACAUGCCAUCCGGGCGGAUGCUGACCCCUCGGCUCGCUCUGCCACCAGCAUUGUGGUCACACUGGCAGACAAGUACACCUACGACUGCCCUGUGGAGAUACUGAUCUACCCCAGUGAGCCCCAUCUGCCGCAUGUUCUCAUUGAAGACGGAGACAUGACGGCGGAGGAAUACGAUGAGCAUCUGAAAGGACGGAGCGACUACAUAAAGGCCACCAAGAAGGACUGCAGUAAUGAGAAGACAGUGGACAUUAUUCGGAAGAGGCUUCAUAAAGACAUCCUCCACAACCCCGUGGUGAUGCUGAACUUCUGUCCGGACCUGCGAUCCAGCACCUCUGACCUGCGCAGCAUCCAGGGCGAAUUUGUCUUCCUCAUAGACCGCAGUGGAAGCAUGAGCGGGGUCAACAUUAAUCGAGUUAAGGAUGCAAUGGUGGUGAUUCUGAAAAGUCUUUUCCCGGCCUGCUUGUUCAACAUAGUGGGCUUUGGAUCCAAAUUCAAAACACUGUUUUCCACCAGCCAGAGCUAUGAUGAGGAGAGCUUGGCAUUGGCUUGUGAGUAUGUGAAGAAGAUCCGGGCUGAUAUGGGCGGCACAAACAUACUGGCACCACUCAACUGGAUCCUGCGGCAGCCCAUGCACAGAGGUCAUCCUCGGCUGCUCUUCCUCCUGACUGACGGAGCCGUCAGUAACACGGGGAAGGUCAUCGAGUUGCUCCGCAGCCACGCUCGGUUUACCAGGUGUUUUACGUUCGGGAUUGGCCAGGCGGCGUGCAGAAGGCUGGUUUCAGGACUGUCCGCUGUUUCCAGAGGCACAGCUGAGUUUCUGGCAGAAGGGGAACGACUGCAGCCCAAGAUGAUUAAGUCUCUAAAGAAGUCCAUGACUUCAGUACUGACGGAUAUCUCCAUCGAGUGGCUUUAUCCAGAGACGAAGGAGAUCCUGCUCUCUCCAGUGGGAGCAACGUGUCUGUUUCCUGGUGAUCAUCUGAUUGGAUACAGCGUGGUCUGUGAUACUUCACGAUAUCACUCCAACCCCAAAUCAGACAAGCGGCGUCGCUACAGCAUGAUGCGCUCCAAUGAGUCUGCCAGUUCAGUCUUCUACCACUCUCUGGAGGAGGAUGCUGGGAAGGUUUCCUCUGACGCUCAGGGGCCGCACAGGGACAAUCAGGUCGGCUCACUGUUUGACGGUUGCCAGGAUACCAUGUCUGAAAGCAGCCCUACUGCCACAGAGCAAGACAUUAUAGGAACUGACUCGAGCACCUCUCCAAGAAGACGUGCUUAUAGUACGAAUCAGAUUGUGGAUUACAACCCCAUGAAGAAGACCUACACUCCCAGUGACCCCAGCUCAGUGGUGGGCAGAAACCCUCUGAGAAGAGCCAAAGUCCAGGAGCUCAUUGGACAGAGUCAUCCUGACCACGGCGCUCAGUGGAAAAUGGACUACCAGCCACAACUGGCAAGCCUGUGUGCCACAUCCUCUAGAGGACGUCCCGUAACAGCUCACAAACCCCCAGUGCUGCAACAAGAGAUUCUCCAGGGGGAGAGUAAGGGAGAUCAGACCCACCCCCUUCCAUCUACACAGGGUCCUGUUGUGGAGAACGGCUCCAGGUCUUCAACAGACAGUCCAUCUCUGGGCAGCACCGGUGACGCAGAUGGCUACACGCAUCAGCUUUGCGAAGUCGAAACACCACAAGAUCCUCAUGCACCAGAAUUCAAGGCCACUCACGGAAGGCGAGAUUGUAAAGUGGUCGUGUCUGGGCUUCUGUGUGGGAAACAAAUGAAGUGGGAGGUAACCUUUGACAUUCAACCCUAUCUAAAUGGCAGAGAGAGGGAGGAAAAGGUGCAUGAAGACCUGUGGAAUGAAACUUUCCAUCACCUGGCGGGACGAUCAAUUAUUCAAGACUUUGAACACAUGGUGGAUAAAGAGUGCGAGAUUGAGCAUGGUUCUGGAAGAAGGUACCAGCUUUACGCCAUCCAUACGAGCAAAGCCUGCAACAUCUUGAGCAAAUACACAGCGUUUGUACCUAUCGAUCUUGACAGCAAUGAAUAUUUACCCACCUGCGUUGAGUACAGCCACCCUGGGGAGGAUCAUAAACGAAGUUCGCACUGCGGUUCUCGUUCCGGCAGCAGGAAGUCCCGUGGCUAUUCUGUAGGUUUGGGUCGCUCACAGUCUGGAGGUUUGACGGGGCAAGAUGACGCAGCUCUGUCCUACAAUGUUGACGGAUCCAAGCCACCCUGCAAAACCCCUUCAUCCUCCAGUUGGGAACGCUGUAGCUCUUCUGAAGCCUCUCAAAGAAGUUCAUCGGUGACCUCGGACCACUCGCAGAGAUCAGUCGAGAGCCUUUUCUCUGCCAGCAAGCUAAGCCUGAGCAGGACGCGUCUCCUGACGAAAGCGGCCAGGGGCUUUAUGAGCCGAUCGCAGAGCAAAAUCAGCAACUCAGUGGGAGAGAGUGAAAACGACAACAAGGACUACAUCCCUCUGGUGUCUCUGCAGCUGUCCUGUGGGGCGUUCAUGUUGAACAGUGCCUUGUGUGAUGCCAUCAACGUGCCAAUAGACAAGCUGAAGUGGACAUCGCCCUUCGCCAGCCACAGAAUCAGCCUUACCCAUGUGUCCCACUCUGGAUCCAAGCGCUCUGAGAGUCUGGAGGUCCACCGUGGCUCCUCGCCUCCUCCCAGAGACUCCGAUCUGAACUCUGAAUGCGAGGAUCUCAUGUCCCGCAGCCCUCAAGUGGACGGCGAGCAUUCGUUGCAUGGCUUUUCAUCCGUGUCAACUGAAGCCCCACCAUCGCCCAUUAACUCUUUGCACGAUAGCGGACGAGGGUCUGAGUCUGAAAUGGUUGAAACGCCAAUAUUGCAAGAUCCCGAAGGGAUGGUUUGGGCCACGGCGGUCGCUCUGGCCUGGCUUGAACACAGCUCUGCCUGUUACUUCAUUGAAUGGGAGCUGAUUGCGGCCAAAGCCAGUUUGUGGCUCGAUGAACAGAUCAUCCCAGAAGGCCGAGACCUGGCGUCGGUCAAAGCUGCAGCCAAUCAGCUCUUCAUCAUCCUCAGACACUGGGACGAAAACCUGCAGCUCAACAUGCUCUGCUACAACCCCAACAGCGUCUGA